AUGUUCCGGCGUCCCGUGGUUCGCACGACGAAACUCCGACAUUCGGCGCGAUUUGCCGCUAAAGAAGCAGCUCGAGUACUUGAUGGAGCCGAACGAUCAUCGCUGACCAACCAGAAACUCGCCAAACUCGAACAGGACAAUGCUCACGAAGAUCCACAUGCGAAUAUUGUUUGGCGAAAAGAUUUGCCGAACUUUGAAGACGAAAUGAUUGGUGGUCCCAAGAAGAAAGGGAAUAGAAAACGAUCCGCUGCUGCGGCUGUCAGUGGUGGUCCCAAUCCGGCCAAGAGAAGAAGGAAGUUCAAAGCACGACGAUUUCGGAAUUUCAUUUCAGCUCUUGACGAGGCGAAUCAGAAAUAUCGAAAGAACAAACGAUUGUAUCGAGCCUUUUUCAAAGCUACUGCACCGGCUCCAAAAGUGGCGGGUAGGAAGUUUUGCGCUCCUUGCGGAGAUGUCGGUAUUUACUCCUGUAUAAGAUGUGGUACGCCUUAUUGUUCAAUAGCAUGCCGUGAUAUUCAUAUGGAUACCAGGUGUGAACGAUGGGUUCGUUAA